AUGGCAGACCCCUUCUCGGUUGCAAGCGGUGCGGUAGGCGUUGUCUCCUUGGGUCUGACAGUGUGCGACGGCCUUAUCUCCUACUUCUCAGCUUUGAAAGGACAAAAUCAAUUCCUUAGCAGCCUUUCCGAAAGGGCCGAGGAUCUCAACAAAUCUCUUCGCCUACUAAAUCAAGCUCUGCCGCCAUUAAGAACCCGCACGCCUGAUGUCGCGCGCCAGAUCGAACAAUCGCUUGCAGAAUGCGAGUCGGGUAUACUCGCACUUCAAAACAAGGUCGCCGCCUUCCAACGUGUGCAUGGGCCUUCGCUCAAGCGGUACAGCCUGCACCAUGCCGCAAGAAAGGCGAUAUUCCCUUUCAAAAAAGAUGCCCUAGUCGAGUUAUCGGGCACCAUUGACAGCUUGCAGCAGAACCUGGAAACCGUCCUGGCCAUUGCCAGUCUGUAUGCCACUAGUCUGCCGCUGUCUAUUAGAGAAGCCACGUCCAACCAGCUGAAUAUCCAGAAUGUAGUGAACGACAAAGUGGAUGCCGUCAUCAACCUUUCUAAUGGAAUCCGCGCCGACUUCCACAAUGCCAGUCAGGACAUCUCUUCGCUACGCAAUGACUUCUCGGCCUUCAGGGGCGAUCUUGGAAUGUUGAAAUCCACUCUCGACCCAGGCCUUCAAGCAGUCAUGCAACGCAUUGACCAUUUAUCAGGGCAAGUUGCUAUGAUGCAGCUGUCUCCUGCUACAUCAGGGGGUACCUUUCAGAGCAUGGUAAGGAUGUACUCAAGUAACUUCCGGCGGAGUUACCUCUAA